AUGAGUGCCGUCGAGAAGAUCCGCGAGAACCAGCGGGCCAAGGGGCCCGCGACCAUCCUUGCCAUUGGGACGGCAAAUCCGGUCAACUGCGUGUACCAGGCCGAAUACCCGGACUACUACUUCCGCAUGACCAAGAGCGAGCACAUGACGGCCCUCAAACAGAAGUUCAUCCGCAUAUGUGACAAUUCAAUGAUCCACAAGCGCUACACGCACUUGACCGAGGAGCUUAUGGAGAAACACCCCGAGAUCUGCUCGUACGACGACCCUUCUUCCUUCAAUCCACGCCAGGACAUAAUGAUCGAUGCCAUCCCGAAGCUCGGCAAGGAGGCGGCAUUGAAGGCCAUCAAGGAAUGGGGCCAACCCAAGUCCAAGAUCACCCACAUUGUCUUCUGCUCCUUCUCCGGCGUCGACAUGCCUGGCGCCGACUACCAGCUCAUGCGCCUUCUCGGUCUGAGCCCCUCCGUCAAGCGUGUCAUGCUCUACCACCUGGGCUGCUUUGCUGGCGGUACUGCCCUCCGCAUCGCAAAGGACCUCGCCGAGAACAAUGCCAGUGCCCGUGUCCUCGUCGUCUGCUCUGAGAUCACUGUCACCGCCUUCUGAGGCCCGUCUGCUGAGAACCUUGCCAACCUUGUCGGCCAGGCCAUCUUUGGUGACGGAGCGGCCGCGCUCAUCAUAGGGUCGGACCCAGAGAUCCCUGCUGAGCGGCCCGUAUUCCAAAUCGUGUGGACUGCGGAGACCGUUUUGCCAAACUCUGAGUGCGCCAUCGAGGGGCAACUGCGCGACGUUGGCUUCACCUUCGGGUUAUCCGACAGGGUCCCGCAUUUGAUCGCGAGCAACAUCGAGAAGAGCUUGAAAGAGGCGUUCGAUUCGCUUGACAUAAGUGACUGGAACUCCAUCUUUUGGGUGCCUCAUCCGGGUGGCCCGGCCAUACUCAACCAAAUCGAGGCCAAGCUAGGGCUGAAAAAGGAGAGGCUCCGAGCCGUGAGGCAGGUGCUUGGAGAGUACGGGAACAUGUCGAGCGCAAGUGUCUUGUUCAUCCUCGAUGAGAUGCGGAGGAAGUCGGCGGAGGAAGGGCUCGCGACCACCGGUGAGGGGUUGGAGUGGGGCGUCCUCUUUGGGUUUGGGCCGGGCCUCACGGUGGAGACGGUGGUGCUUCACAGCGUCCCAACAGUGACCCGUGGAUGA